AUAGAUAUUUUUGUUAUUUUUCCUUUACAAAUCAGACAGACCUGGUGGUUCAAAUUUUCACUCGAACCGGAUCGGAUAACUAUAAAUGCUCAUAGCCCGGUUCUCUAUUCUCUGAAAUGAUGCCGUAUCGCGACUGCAGCAAGCCAUCUCAAACGAGACAUGAAGGAAACGACAUCAUUUCGGUGGAUCUACUUCUACUUCGAAAACUGGAUAAAUUAUUAUUUUUUCCUAAAUUUAUUCCCGCCACCUAAUUUUUUUAAAAAAUUUGUUUAAUAAAUAGUUCUCAAAUUUUAAACAAAAAAACACUUUCAUUUCUGCAACGACAAACAAACAAUGGAGUCGAAGAAGAGAUGGAGCGUAACCUAUACGAAACACAUGAAGCAAAAGAGGAAAGUCUAUCAAGACGGUUUCUUAGACCAUCACAUCGCAACCAACAAAGUGAAGCUGUUUGACGACUGCGAGAAGCUAUUAGAGUGCAAGAUAUUAAAAGGCGAAGAAGUUGUUAGCUCCGAUCAAACAUUGACAUUUAGCGGUUAUCUAGUGGAUAUUGGAGAUCCUGAAGGCGAGGUUUAUUUUGAUAAUAAGUCUCUGCAUAGCAUAGAUAAGAAAACUGAUGAGAGACCUAGACCUAAUUUCAUUCAUCGAAGAAAGUUUCGAAGUCCUUCAAUUUCUUCUUCUGAUAAGAAUGAUGCGCUGGUGAAUAAUCUAAGUCCGUCGAAGAAAAUUAUUAGAGAGUUCAAGAAAAGUGAACUGCAAAGAUAUGGAGCAUUUCAGAGUUGUCCAGAUACGGUAAAACCGGGGUUCACAGAGUGGCGGGUCAUGUACACAACACAAAUUACUCAAAAGGCCAAGAAAUAUCAUGAUGGUUUCUUGAGACUUACAAGUAGUGGAUCCUUUGGGAGGCAGAUUAUGCUGUAUGAUGAAAGGAGAGAAGUUUUAGAUAGCAGGUUCCUUACGAAAGAUGAGGUAUUAAGAUCUCAUGAAUCCAUAACAUUUAACGCUCAUUUGGUUGACAUUGGAGAACCUGAAGGGGAAACUCAAAUCUCUGGAGAUUUGAAUAUUCAAGGUAACACUGCCAAUGUUGUUGGCAAAAAAGGAAUAAAGCAUGAACAUCGGAAUUAUCUUGAAGCCAACAGCUCUGUGGCCAAAGAGUGGCAUACGCUUUAUACUAGUCAGAUAACUCAGAAGGCCAAGAAGUUCCAUAAUGGCAUCCUUAGGCUGACGACUUCUGGUUCUUGCAGAAUGCAGAUAUGGCAGGUGACUUUACUAAAUGAAGAUAAAACCAUUCUGAGCAGUAAAUUCCUCAAUUUAUCUGAAGAUGUCAGAAGUGGCAGCACAUUUGUGCUGCUCAAAUAUUUAGUGGAAGUUGGUGAGCCGCAUAGCCCUAGAGAAACCGCAAACAUUGCUUAUUCAAGCAAAGAUGCAGGUUCAAAUUUUAACAUUUCCAAUGUAGCAUACUCUUCUUUUGCAAAUUCAAUUUUUGAAAAAAUUCAAAACAUUGCUCAUUCAGGGAAGUAUGAAGAUUCAAGUAGCAUCUACACUGGAAACCUGACCAAAACAAGCAAGAUUGCUGCGACAAACAAAUCCUUACGUGACAUCCAUCACAUUUUGUCUAUUCUUCAAAAGCCUGUAGCUCACGGGCGUGUUGCCAUGGAGUGUACUGACAAGAACAUGACUGCACCAGUUUCCUCUGCUGAGGGGCUUCAGAAUCCAGAUACCAAGAUACAUAAUCCUGAAGAUUGUCAAGCACCUUUACUAGAUGAUGGACCAAGUGAACAUAAGGAUAAUAGGGGAUCAAGUGAAAGUGCAGGCAUUGAGAAAUACUAUAAUCCUACGCCUAACGAAGAAAUAGCUACUACUGGAGGUGGUAAACUCUUCUGUGACAGUCAAAUUGGAACUUCUGACCAGUCUCAUCCACACAAUGCUGAGGCUGACAUCAAACAACGUGAUGAAGCUUUUGCUUCUGGUUUUUCAAGUUUAGCCCAUGAACAUAAAAAGAGGACUGAGCAGCUUAAGAGUGCAAGGGAAAUCCAUGAAUGGCCAACUUUUGAUCUUGGAUUUUGAGCAUGGGCUGAUAUGACAUCCUUAUAAUAACUAUCUCGGGUUUACGCAUACCUUACAACAGUAUUGAUUUGAUGGUUAUCCUUGGUAAUUGCCUUGCACAGGUUACUGAUCUCUCCUAAGCGAAGAAACAAGUUUAUACGGUGGAUCUAAGUCUGGUAACCAAGUAAUUUCUUUUAGCAAUACCAACAGCAGAUAAAUUGGCAUGACGGACUGCAGGAAAAUCGGAGAUUUUUGUAUAAGUAAUAGAAUUAGAUCAGGCUUAUAUGUACAAUUUGAUGGAACCAUAAAAAAUGUUGAAAAUGAGUUCCUAUUAAAAUCCGUACAUUUAAUAAUAGAAACUAGUGCUGUUGUGUGUUAAUGGAAAUUUAUAUGUGGCCAACAAAUUCUUGAGAUAAAGAGCAAUGUUUGCCAGAAGUGCGACAAGGGAAGGCUGAUCACGCUAGCACAGGCAAACGACAUGCAAUUAUUGAAGCUUCAAAAGAAAAGAGGCAACAAAAUAGGGCUAACGACUACAGAGUUUUCUCUGCUUCCUGCUGUGUCUCGACUUUCUUUCAAACCUCAUCCAAAUAUUUGUAAAAUGUGCGAUCCCUUUUGGAUUUGCGCAUGCUAAGCAAUGCCUUAAAGAGGCGUUUACUUUUGCUGGAAUACUGUUCAAUCUCAUUUCCCCUGUCUCUUCCAGGAUAUGUAGACAAUGAAACUGAUCUUCGGGGCUCUGAUGGGUACUGAAAAGAUCAGAUAAGAUCAUCUUAAGGUCAGAAUUACUAUUCACAGAAUAUAUUCCUCCUUCUAAACGUCUGCUGCAUUCAACCACUUUAUAGUAGUUAUGUAGCAGAAAGUUUCAUUGUUCUAUCUCAUAUUGGCAUUGGAGUGAGGGAUUAUUAGAAAGGAGGAAAUCGUCUGCCUUGGAAAUAAAAAAUGACAUAUAGAAGUGAUUCCAGAUUUUGUUCGGUUAUGUGCUUACCCGUCGUUUGGCAUUAGGAUUAUUUGGAGAUGUUGAUCUCCUAGGGAUAAAAGUUCCAGUAUGUAUAAGUUGAAAUCGCUGGGGAGAGGAAGUUCUUGUAUCUGGUUAAAAUAGUUCAUCAGCACAGUAUUUGUAGUAAUAAAAUAUUAAGGCAAAACUACGCAGGGCAGCUUUUACCCACAAAAAAAAUUUAAGAAGGGAAAGGUAGGAAUCAUGUAUCAGUAGUUUGAUCGUUAUGAGAAAAAGAAAAGUUUAUUUGUGAAACCUGCUCGUUUUUUGGUUGAAGUAGGUGCAAAUACAAAAUUUCCUUGCUUUGAGGAAAGCUGUGGAGACUGUAAUCUAGAAUUCCCUCUGCAUUAAGAUUACACAUAUAGAGCUUGAUCAUGGUGAAACAUGCAUGAUAAGUUAGCAGCAUCAAUAUUUACCUGGAAAUAGAUGGAGAAGUCCCUCUAAUUGUUGCUCGAACAGCUUGCAAGAAAAAAAGACAAUCAUGAAAGAAUGUUGGAGGCAAGAUAUUGCGUCGUGAAAUUAUAGUUCUUGAUAGACUACUCGAUCAGCUAGGUUUAAUUUCUAGAUGAAAGAAAUGUGGAGUACCAUUUUCAAACUGAUGCGAGUUGUAGUCAGCACUGAAGCUUCUCCUGUGAACGUUUGAUUUGGUAUCCAAGGUCUCCUCAGCUGAAAAGUCUUAAAUGAAAUUUCUUUUACAAAACUUUCACUGUCUCAGUUAUUCUAUUCAAAGUAUUUGUUUGUUAUUA